AUGAAAAGUUUAGAAAUGGGUAUUCUGGUAUCAGUAUGGAAUGAUAUUUUAGAGAGGUUCAAUAUUGUAAGUAAGAAAUUGCAGAAUGUUCAUAUUGAUUUGACUAUUGUCAUAACCCUAUAUAAAUCAUUGAUAAAUUAUAUAAUGGAUUUGAGAAACAGCUUUUCACAUUAUGAAAAACUUGGCAUAGAAAAAACUGGAAUUAUAGAAUAUAAAGUUUCCCGCAUAAAAAAAAGGAAAAUGCCGUUUGAUGAAUCAUCUCAAGGUGAUACAACAUUUGUUAGUAAAAAAUCUUUUGAAAUUAAUACUUUUUUUAUCAUAAUAGACUCUUUACUUACAGAGUUGAGAAAGCGUAUAAACUCUUAUGAAAAAAUUAAUACUUCAUUUGGAUUUUUGUUCAACAUUACUGAGUUGUCAGUAUUAGAAGUAAGACAAAAAGCUGGAGAGUUACAAAAACAAUAUCCUCAAGAUCUGGAUACAUCGUUUAUGAAUGAAUGUAUUCAUUUUCGUGGUUACUUAAAAGGCUUACCAGAAAGCGUAUCCACAAAAUCGGUGCUAUAUUUGUGUCAAAUCAUGAAAGAUAAUAGUUUACUAGAUAUUUACCCAUAUGUUAAUAUUGCAUUGCGAAUGUUUUUGUGUGUUCCUGCAUCAAACACUUCGGCCGAGCGUUCAUUCAGUACUCUUAAAAGAGUUAAAUCAUAUCUUAGAUCUUCGAUGAAUGAUAAUCGUUUAAACUCUUUAGCGAUUCUGAAUAUUGAAUCUCAGUUGACAACUUCAUUAAACUAUGAUGAAAUAAUUGAAGAUUUUGCAAGAUCAAAAGCGCGACGAAAGUUAUUAAUUUAA